UAUCAGCAAUCAAUUUUUCGGAUAAUUGUUUCUUUUUUUCUUCGGUUUUUCUGAUUGGCAAUCAAUUUCAAACCUAUAGCAGAGAAAAAGCAUCAAAGGAAUAGAGACUCAUUUGAUUCUUUUUGGGGAGAUGGAAGCUGAUGUAUCUAUUUUUUUUGCUGUGUUUCCAAAACCCUAAAUAGUAAAAGAAAAUCCCCAAAUUUCUUCCAUCGCUUUCUGAUUUGCAUGAUUUUCAACCAAAAGCUUUGCCCUUUUGUUCUUUUCAAAUCUUUUGCACUGAUGGGUACCUCGAAUCUUCUCCUCUUUCUCUUCUCUCUGCUGGGUUUGUGUGCUUUGUCAGCUGCCAAAGUGGUGCUGAUUGGGAACAACAUCACUCUCUCCUUCGAUGAUAUCGAAGCUAAUUUCGCUCCGACGAUCAAAGGGUCUGGAGAAUGUGGGGUCUUAUAUUCGGCAGAGCCACUUGAUGCUUGCACUGACCUCACGAACAAAGCUCCACAACUUCCGAAUGCGAGUUUGCCUUUUGUUUUGAUGAUUAGGGGAGGAUGUAGCUUUGAGGAAAAGGUCAGAAGAGCACAAGCGGCUGGCUACAAAGCUGCAAUUGUCUAUGACAAUGAGGAUAGUGGUGUCUUGGUUGCAAUGGCAGGAAAUUCUGCUGGCAUAAGAAUACAUGCUGUGUUUAUAUCAAAAGCUUCAGGUGAAUUACUAAAGGAAUACGCCGGAAGGACUGAUGUGGAGCUAUGGCUUAUUCCAAGUUUUGAGAACUCAGCAUGGUCGAUCAUGGCAAUUUCAUUUAUUUCCCUACUAGCAAUGUCUGCUGUGCUUGCCACCUGUUUCUUUGUUCGUAGGCAUCGCAUAAGAAGGGAAAGGCCUCAAGCUUCUCGUGUUCGUGAAUUUCAUGGUAUGAGUAGUCGCCUAGUGAAAGCAAUGCCUAGUUUGAUAUUUACUGCAGUCUUAGAAGACAACUGUACCUCCAGAACAUGUGCCAUAUGUCUUGAAGAUUAUUGUGUUGGAGAGAAGCUCAGGAUACUUCCUUGUUGUCACAAGUUUCAUGCUAUAUGCGUGGAUUCUUGGCUUACCUCAUGGAGAACAUUUUGCCCCGUUUGUAAGCGUGAUGCAAGAACUGGUUUAAGCGAACCUCCGCCUUCUGAGUCCACGCCUUUGCUUUCGACCAGCCCAGCAUCUGUAUCAUCCUCCAUCUUAUCUUCUACAAGGUCAUCAUUAGCGUCAUCCCCAGCUAUUCAAAUUGCUCGUCCACCUUCACAUGCCUCGUCCGUUUCUCGCAACCACUCUUUAGCUAGCACCCCUUACGUUCAGCCGUCUUAUAGGUCCUACCGACAAUCCCCAUCGCUAAGCAUCAGUCAAAGCUCUGUAGACCUUAGGAAUGCAUCCCAAAGAUCUCUAGCUUCUCACUUGAAUUCACCACAUUCCAUGGGCUACCCAUCUUUGUCUUCUCUUAACUCGAGGUUCAUGUCUCCUUAUGUUCCAAGUCCAAGCAAUGCUUCUGUAAGUAUUCUCGGGUCAUCAAGUCACCGACAGCAUCCACUCCGAUACAGUGAGUCAGCUGCGAGUUUCUCGCCAUUUGCAUCCGCAAACUCCCUCCCAGAGUGUUAAAACUGUUGAUCUGAUUCCAUCACAGGGUUCAGAUGCCCAUGCAGUUGAUCCUGUAAUUGGCAAGUCACCCUCCCUUCAAUGCGGCAACCACGACUCCCCCAACCUCCGUGUCCCUUUGCCGAAUUACCCAUUUCUUGGCGGCCGGAGUAAAUUGUAUAACACCUUUGUGAUUUCAGUUUUAUUUUUACAUUUGGUGAUCGAGGUUCUAACAAUGAUGUUGCUUAGAGUCAUCAUUGUAUUGUGUGUGUUGAGUUUUUUGAAUUGUUGAUGCUUUUACAUAGCCUUGAUUUCAAAGUAUGUAUAGUACUUUCUUGUUUCUUCAAAUAACUGCUGACACAAGAAAAAAACGUUGGGCUGCAUGGAAAGAUUGAACCAAGAUAGUUGUUUAUGUUUGAAUUCAAUGAUAACAAGACCAUGUCAUACUUGGGAGUUGAGGAUUGUCUUGUCUUAUCACUUAUGUCUAUACUUCAGCAUGUAAAUUGUAACAUUCAGUUUGAGAUAAUACAUGUAAAAUUGAUCCGUGAGAUUUA